AUGAAAGGCGAAGGCCGAGGAGGGCGCGCGGUGCCCGACCACCACGGCGAAGUCCAGCUGGCAGUGGACUCUGGCUCUCUGUUCGUCGUCUCCGGCUACGGCGGCAUGUACGGCCACGGCUUCGUCUGCCUCUCCGCUCAUCGUGCCAGCCUGUACCACAAAGGCAAGCGGCGGGUCAGGGCAGAUGCCGACGCGGUCUACGCCGCUGCUGCCGAGCUUAGACGCCAUCCGCCAUGCCUGGACCGGCUGGUGGGGCCGUACGAGGCCGAGCCGGCCGGACAGCCGAACGCCGACGACAUGCUCUCCGUCGCCGUCAAAUACCAGCUGGACGAGCUCAACAACAUCAAGACGUUCACGGUGGCGGUGGGCGUGGACGGCUGCGCGCUGAGGCCGCGCAUGCUGCCGUCGCUGGAGCGGUUCGUGACCCAGCUGCUGGACAUGUUCGACGUGGUGGACUUCCCGGUGGCGGGCUACGACAUGCCGGCCACCGUCACCCAGCUGCACCUGCUGGUCACCAGGUCGGCGCUCGACUAUAGGCCGCUCAAUCUGCCGUACCAGUACCUGGUGACUGUGGACAGCUUUAUCCUGUCGUCGCACCUGGCGGCGGCUACCAGCACCUCGGUGCUACGCUUCAUCCUGGAGGAAGCGGCGCUGCACGUGGCCGACCGAAGCGGCGCGCCGCUGGUGGGCGCGCGCGACUACGUGUGUGUGUUGGAGGCGGGUCUGCUGGAGCUGUCCAUCCGCACCAGUGUGGCGCCGGCCGCCGGCCAGCCGCACCUCGACUGGCGCGUCUCAGCAACAACACCAUCCACGUGCGCACGUGCGCUGACUCCCUGCGCGCUCUGGUGGAGCUGGUGA